AUGCCGCAGGGCGAGACAUUCCAUCGGGCGGUGUCAAAAGUUCUAUUUAUAUCGCAAAUCUAUGGCCUGCUACCCGUGAGCAAUGUUCGCGCCUUGGAUGUUGCAGACAUCCGGUUUCGUUGGCUUUCGCCUCGGAUUUUCUACUCCUGCCUCGUUGUAAUUCUUAAUCUCUGUGAAUUCGGUGCAGUUAUCAAUUAUGUCAUUAAGGUUGCCAUCAACUUUCAUACCUCGAGCACGCUUUCCCUGUACAUAGUCUGUCUUUUGGAGCACUUGUUCUUCUGGAGGUUGGCCAUUCAGUGGCCCAGGAUCAUGCGAACUUGGCAUUCUGUGGAGCAACUGUUUCUGAGGGUUCCUUAUCGCUUCUACGGGGAGUACAAGAUAAAGAAGCGCAUCUAUAUUGUGUUUGCGGUGGUCAUGUCAUCUGCUUUGGUGGAACACUGUCUUCUGCUGGGCAACUCAUUUCAUCUCAGCAACAUGGAGCGUACCCAGUGCAAAAUUAACGUAACCUACUUUGAAAGUAUCUACAAGUGGGAGCGUCCACAUCUUUAUAUGAUUCUGCCCUACCACAUUUGGCUAUUACCCAUUUUUGAGUGGGUUAACCAGACAAUUGCCUAUCCACGUUCCUUUACCGACUGCUUUAUCAUGUGCAUUGGGAUUGGUUUGGCCGCCAGAUUUCACCAACUUUAUCGGAGGAUUGCCGCUGUCCAUAGGAAGGUAAUGCCAGCAAUAUUUUGGACGGAGGUACGAGAGCAUUAUCUGGCUUUAAAACGACUUGUGCGACUUCUGGAUGCUGCAAUAGCUCCAUUGGUUCUCCUGGCCUUUGGCAACAACAUGUCCUUUAUCUGCUUUCAGUUGUUCAACAGUUUCAAAAAUAUAGGAGUGGACUUUCUUGUGAUGCUGGCUUUUUGGUACUCUUUGGGUUUUGCUGUGGUUCGAACCCUGCUAACAAUUUUCGUGGCAUCUUCUAUAAAUGACUACGAACGCAAGAUAGUCACAGCUUUGCGGGAUGUUCCCUCCAAGGCUUGGUCUAUAGAGGUCCAGCGCUUUAGUGAGCAGUUGGGAAACGACAUGACAGCUCUCUCCGGCAGCGGAUUCUUCUACCUCACUCGCUCACUCGUCCUGGCUAUGGGCACCACAAUUAUCACCUAUGAGCUCAUGAUAUCGGACGUCAUCAACCAAGGUUCCAUCAGGCAAAAGACUCAAUAUUGCAGGGAAUUCUAG